GCCCCAGAUCGCAACAGGUGCUUUUCUGCUGACAGAUUCGCAGGGGCACAGCAUUUCGGUCUCCCAACGUUGCCAGGUUUUGGAGAUUUCACUUCGACUUGCCUGAUCCUGAGAUACAUUACCUCAACAUGGGAGUCAAAUCCGUGUUGCUCGUCCUGCUGGUAGUGCUGGGUCUGGCAUGCCGUUCUUCAGCUAGAAGAUGCUCAUACAGCUGUUCUUGGCCAGACACCCACUCCACGCUCUGUGAUAGCCGCUUCGUAAACAUUUUCUACGGCACGGUGCGGGCCGCUCACAAGGAAAGCGACAAGGGUUUUGUUGAUUACGCCGUGGAAGUAACGACCGUCUACAGAUCGGAGAACAGCCGCUUCGUGCAUGAGGGCGCAGUGGUUACGCUUCACACCAUACUACAUGAAUACAUAUGUCCGGUUCAGAAGAUGCGCCCAGGAUUCACCGCGUAUUUCGCAGUGGGACCAUUGGGCGACUUUAGCAGCAACUACCGGAUCCAGGCUGGCUCUUGCGACAGCUACAUCUCUGUGUCUCUGCCAACGAACGUGAAAGACGACUUGAGCGCGGGGAAGUUUAACCGACCGUGUUAAAAAAUCCACUGUUGGGGAACGACAGAUGUCACGUUUUACUAUAUUCACAAAUCACAGAGAAAGUCCAAUUCAACUGAUGCGCACUAUGUCAUCCCGAGUAAUCCCUGGCCACAAACUAUUAACACAUGAUAGAUUCUUACAACCGAUGGGCAACAUAAUUUUACCAGAGCGCCCUCCAUACAGGCAAUAACCAAGUCGCCCGUGAGGGCACCAUGCAUGCCCUUAAGUAGUUUUCUUUACCUGAGAACUUUGAGGAAUUAAGUCAGAAUCGAAAACCAUUUCCUCAGUCUUUUUUACUUAAUUUACAAACUUAUACAACAAAAACAAAAAGGAGUGAUUUCAGAUUUCCCUGAACGCAUGUAACAAACCCACUCCAUUGUAGUAUCAUUCUUUUAUUCUUCGACGAGGUCAAAGCCCUGUUUAAAAUACGAUGCUAUCCACUGUAGUGACGGUAGCCAUGGCAAAGCGAUACAUUUUAGAAGCCUUACAGAGAUUUCUAUGAAAGGAGCGUCAAGAAUGUCGCUAGUAAAUUACGGGGGUUGGGACCGGGGAGGAACAACUUUAAUCAGCGGAAAGUUUUCUGCGAAUAGUGAGCCACUCAUCAGUACCGAAUCAAUGAACUAUUCAGUGUUGUAGAGCGGUCACGUUUUUUGGUAAAUUUGCUGUUUCACCUACAUUCAUGUCUUUUGCUCUUGUUAUUUUUUUUUUCAAAUAUCUGUUGUUUUUCCUCAGAAUGGCGGUUCCAUCCCUAUUCUUGACCUUUUCUUUGUUUGUAGUGCUUCUGCAAAUUGUAGAUUUGAUACCUUUUUAUUUCUUCUGCAUUUUCUUCCCUUUUUCGUUUCAUCUUUGCAGGGGGUAAGCGUCCCCUUUCCCUAACUGCCAUGCAAAUACACCGUUAAAGUUGAAGACACCGGCAAAGGGUUUGCAGAAUUUCUGCUUGAAAUCUCGCCCAAGAAACAUUUGGCAAACCUGGUUGAAAAGCAAGCCGCCUAUAUAAAUUUCCAAUGCAGAAUCCUUUGGUUGAGAGAAAGAGCAAUAUUACUUUGGGAAACAGCAUUUCAGUGACCUAUUUUCUACGAAUCGUUUAGUCCGUGUUUCGAAUGCAUGCAUCUGGACGAUAUUAAUUUUGCAAUAAGGCUGAGUUUAGAAGAUUAUUUGUGGAUUCGAUCUUCAUCCUGACACGUUUACGCAGCUCAGUAACCAAUUUUGAGCUUCUCAUUUUACGACUCACGACGCGAUGAUGAAAUCAACAGCUCCACGUUAUCAGUGUUGCAUGAAAUGUACACCUGUCAAAGUGUCCCAGAAAAAUAUAUGCGGACAACUAUAAAAUACAUCAGGCAGUUCGAUCCAAACGGGCCAAAGCCCUUUGGCCAAUCCUAAAUCAGCUGUUAAAGAAAAGAAAGAAAGAAAGGUAUUAGCUCUUUGGGGCUUUGGCAAGUUUGGCUGUCCAUUAUCCUCGCCAGGCUGGUUGGUACAAUUACCUUCUCAACCCAGUUUUGCAUGUACUGAUCGAUUCAAUUUCUGCCCUCUGUUGCCUAUUUAGCGUCCAGGAUUUGUUUUAAGUUUAACUCUUGGUCAGUUUUAUACACAUAAUAAGUGAAUGGUUGGAAGGCAUACCAAGGAUCUGGGCCCGUGUUCAUGCUGUGACCUCAUAAACCGUUGCAACAUGUAACAGGGUCGCUCACAGUAUUGUGUCUCACCAGGUAAUGCUUCUUUGUUGCUAAUAUCUGGAAAUUGUAAUUCAGUAGCUAGUUACAUGCAGCGACUUGAUUAACUUGCAACAUGUGAGUAAGUCACUCAACUUUUACUGUAUUAUGUUUAAUUAGCUAGCAGUUUUACACCAGCAAUGGCUGGCAUGGAUUGUAUUCAAACGCUGAGAAAGUUUGCGGUAUACUAAUUACGGGCCCAAUGAUAACGCAUAACAAUAACAGGCGCGCCCUCGUCGCGUGUCCAACAAGUGGCGAGACAUUGGGAUGGAAAUUUUGUUUCUCUAUACAGAUGCCUAUACAUUUUGUACCGGUAAUUGAAUUCUUCAAUUCCUUUGAUAAGAAAGGCGGUUAUGCAAUAUUAGUAUUGACACUUCAAUACUGAGGAAAAA